UAAAAAAAAAACUCCUUGGCUAACACUCCUUAUGCUAAUUCAUAGUUUAAAUGAAUUACAUUCAAUGUAUAAAAAAAACUAUCUUGGCUAAAUAAACACAAACAAAAUAUUGUUAACACUGUCACAGAACAUUGAGAAGGCGAGAAAAGUGUGAAACAAGGAAAUGAAAAUGAACGUUUAGUUCGACUAGCGACCGCACGAACAAGGGAGGUCCCUCGUGUAACCCUAAAGUACUGGGGGUGGGGGCCCUACUGGGGUAUAUAAGAGGGCCUCUUCCUGACAGCAUGUCAAUUCAAAGCAUCGUCUCGUCUAGCCACAUACAUUUGGCAGAUCAGAAGUGUCGAACAGUGACCAAGAUUUCUCAAGACUCGUUGAUCAUGGAGAUAUUGCAACGUACGAACGAUCGCUUCCGAGAAGGAGUUCCUGUCCAGGUGAUGCGAAUGGAAUCGAUUACCACCAUGUGGGUCCGCAUCGUUGGAUUUCCGAAAAUAACUCAAACACUCUAUUCGGAGAUGACGAAUCGUGACAUGGAGUACCUGCCGAAGAAGAAAAGUUUGAAAACAGGCAUGCUCGUCGCCGUGCUCGCAGAGUUCGGGGGCCGCGCCAUUUGGGAAAGAGCUCUCCUUUUGCAACGGACCAUGGAAGGCUACAUCGUCUUACUAAUCGACUGGGGCUUAGAAAUCGAGCAACCCCUCGAUACGAUACGGCUGUUGCCACGAAACUUGGCGCAGAUGGCACCGUGGGCUAGAAGAAUCGUCCUGCGAGGUGUACGAGAACAACCGGUCCAAGGGAGGCAACAUCGAGUAGCCCAAUUCAGCAUGUUGAGACGGACAGGCACCCUAGUCGACGUCGAUCCUUCUCCGGGAGAAGCAAUAACAGCAAGGUUGGUGCUGGAUGCAGAGCCAGGAGAAAUCCAAGGAGAUAUGGGAGCAUUUUGGUUGAAGAAGGGAUACCUCGAUCCACAAUAA